CUUUUUGUUUUAUUUCUUCAUUGCACUUAUGGAUUUAUAUUGAGAACAGCAGAUAAUAUUCAGAUAACAACACCAGUGCCAAUGAAUGAACAACAACAUUCAGAAAGUGUUCUUAGAACAGAGCUUGUGGCUCCGCAUCCAUCAAGCGUCUCACAAUAUUUUGUUCAUCAUUAUUAUCCACCUCCACACAUCAUAAGUCAGCUUUCCAAGCAGAGCCCUUUUUUAUACACCGGGCCAUUAAUAUUAAUGGAACAUACGAGCGAAAUGUUCCAACCAAAAUAUACAAAAAAUACCGAAAAAAGUAUAGAAAAUCAAAAAAGAGAUUCUUAUGACGUGUACAGACCAAGUGCUGACGAAAACCCUCAGUUUGUUGACAUGUUUCCACCACAAGACAAUCAAGAUGAACCAAAUUAUUAUACAAUGAAAGCAAGAAAAAGUAAGAAAUACUCAGAAACCGAGAGUAAAGAAAAAAAGCCACCAAAGGCAAAAGUGAAUGAUAAUUCAAAAGAACAAGUUGUCGAUGAUGGUGAAAGCGAACCCACUCAAUAUGAAACGUCGUCAUCGGAAGAAAUAAGCAGCAAAGAAGCGGAAGACGAGCGCGUUCAAGAUGAUCAUAAAAACGAUAACGACGAUGAAGAAAACGAGUCAGAAGAGAUCAGUGCACCAGCUUCCCGUUUAGAUUUUCAAAUGCAUGGACAUAAGGGACCAGCAAGUUAUAAAUUUGGUUACGAUACGGGAAAAGGCGAUAAUCGACAGUUAAGACACGAAGAGAAGGAUGAACAAGGGAAUGUUUUUGGAUUUUAUGGAUAUUAUGACGACAAAAAGAAAUUUCGUGUUGUUAAAUAUUCAUCGAUGGCUGAUGGAGGCUUUAAAAUUCUUUAA